ACUUCUUUUGGCUGUCAAACUCAGACAUCUCAAAAGCGAGUACUAGUUCAUAUCGUACUAGCAGCGUUUUUGAUUUUCACCAAGAAAAUUAUUUUAUCAACAUGAAAGUAUUUGUUGCACUUUCUGCUUUGUUAGCAGUUGCUUCUGCCACACCCUUAUAUUUGGCUCCAAUACCAACUUCUUCAAGCCAGUAUCAUUCUCAGGAUGGAAUUGGUCAAUACGCUUAUGGAUACAAUGAUCAUCUAUCAAAUAAGCAGGAAAUUAAAUCGCUAGAUGGAAUUACCAGAGGAGCUUAUAGCUACAUUGACUCCAACAACGUUCUUCAAACUGUUAACUAUAUUUCUGAUGCUGGUGGCUUCCGAGUGACAGCAACCAAUUUACCAAAACCUGUAGAAGCUCCAAUUAUUGCCACUCAAGAUUUACCUCAACAAGUUCCUGAUACUUGGGAAGUUGCUGCAGCUAAAUCUGCUCAUUUUGCUGCUGUUGAAGAAGCUAAAUUGCGAUUGGGUGUGCAGGAAAUAAUUCCACUAGCUGUUAACAAUUUACCACAACAAGUUCAGGAUACACCCGAAGUUGCCAAAGCUAAGGCAGAACACUUUGCUGCAAUUGAAGCAGCAAAAAAUCAAAUUCUAAUAAUUCCAUCUCCAAUUGGACAUCCUCAACAAGUUGUCGAUACCCCAGAAGUAGCCAAGGCUAAGGCUGAACAUUUGCUUGCUAUUGAGCAGGCUAAGCUAAGGAAUUCUGCUCCUCUGAUCACAUCACCAAUUCAAUUGUCAGCUUCCAGUUCAGCACCAUUACCAUCUGGUGGAUUUUCAUACUCAUCAAGUGUUGUGAAUUCACCUAUUCCACCUUCCAUACCUCCUGGAAUAACUAGAUUAGAAUUAGCCAAAUAUGAAGUACUUGCAGAAGUGACUACUGCCAGUAAAUUUAUAUCCUUCUACCAUUCGCUCAACAUGAAAGUAUUUGUUGCAUUCACUGCUUUACUAGCACUUGCUUCUGCAAGUACUUUGUAUUUGGUUUCAACUAAUCCAUCCAUUCCAGCUAUUUCAAGUCAAUAUCACUCUCAAGAUGGAACUGGUCAAUAUGCCUAUGGAUACAAUGAUCAUCUAUCAACUAAGCAAGAGGUCAAAUCUCUAGAUGGUACUACCAGAGGAGCCUACAGUUACAUUGAUUCAAACAACAUUCUACAAACUGUCAACUACAUUGCUGAUUCUAAUGGCUUCCGAGUUUCAGGGACCAAUCUUCCAAAACCUAUUGAAGCCCAAGACUUACCCCAACAAGUUCCUGACACUGAAGAAGUUGCUGCUGCAAAAUCUGCUCAUUUUGCUGCUGUGGAAGAAGCAAAACAAAGAUUGGGUUUGUUAGAAGAAGUUCCACUAUCAAUUGAGGAACUACCGCAAAAAAUUCAAGAUACUCCCGAAAUUUCCAAAGCUGAAGAAGAACACUUCGCUGCUAUUGAAUCGGCAAAAAAUCAAGAUCUAGCAGUUUCAAUUCCAACAGAACUUCCUCAACAAGAAGUUUCCAGAGCUAGGGCAGAUCACUUUGCCGUCAUUGAAGCAGCCAACCAGGUCAUUGCAGCAUCUUUAGAACUUCCACAAUUAGUUGCCUACACUCCUGAAGUUGCCUUUGCUAGAGCAACACAUUUUGCAGCCAUGGAAUCAGCCAACAAUCGAGUUGGUUCCAAUGGAUUCACAUACUCCACAAGUGUUGUUCAUGGCCCUGGCCCCGUUUCUUACGAACCGUACGAACCAUACUUUGGAGGGAAUUUCUAAAGCUUUCUAAUGAUCAGGGUUGUAAAAAUAUCAAUAC